AUGAACGAAAAUUAAUAGUUAAAUAGUUUUAGAAUUAUACCUGCAUAAUUAGAAGUUGACGGGAUUUGUGAUUAACUAAUAUUAUAAAUUGAUUCUGAUGUUGACAAUAAUUAGAUGUUUUCAUUUAAGUGCAAUCAAUUUGUUAAGGCUUCAAAAAACAUAAUGAAAUAUUUGAUAGAAAAGGAAAAAUCCAAUUAAAUUCAAUAAAACAUAAUGAAUAGUUCAAGAGGAAGAGCCUCUAUUCUAGCAUUAGAAAACAAUAAGACGAAAAUAAAUAAUAAGGAUAAGAGAAAAAAUGGGAUUCAAUUAUUAAGAGUAAGAGUAAGCAUAAAUUAGUAAAGGAGAAAAGAGUGCUUAGAUUAUCAGAAAACUAUUUUAAUUAAAAUGAAGAAGAAUUUAAAUAAAGAAAUAGAAAUAGAAUUAGAAUUGUUGAAUUAUAAUUUAAGAAAAUAGAUAUUUAAUAAAUCAGUUUUAUCGAAGUAUGGGAUUACUUAAAAUUAUCAUAACAUGUAAAGGAGCAAUUAUAAUUUUUAGAGCUUAGUUGCUCUCUAUUGAAAAACUAAUAGGCUGUUUUACUGUUCAUCUUAAAAUACACGUUUGAUGAGUGA